UUGCAAUCAGAUUAAAUUAAAAAUGCAAGUGUUCCUAAUGGUUUUAGUAAAUGUCAUAAUAGCAAGUGCCCAAGCUCUAAAUAAUUUCGCAGACAUCAAUUGUGGACAACGACCAAACCAGCGAAAAGCUAAAAUAGUGGGAGGACAAGAAGCUGCUAAAUCCGAGUUUCCCUGGUUGGUUUCCAUUACGCGUAGAGGAAAUCAUUUUUGCGGUGGAACACUAAUUAGUAAAAACUACGUUAUGACAGCUGCUCAUUGCUUAUGCACUGGAAGUGGUAAUGAUCACCUGCAGGCCAGAAGUAUAAAAGUUACAAUAUCCCAACACGAUUUAAAUAAAGACGAUUCGGAAAAGUUUGAAACGACACUAAAAUCUGUCAUCGUGCACCCUGGAUAUUUGUGCAAUAAAGUAAAGAACGAUAUAGCAAUUUUGGAGCUGGAAACGGCGAUUAGAUGGACCGAAAGCGUUACUCCAGCAUGUCUGCCAGCUGAAAACGAAGAGAAAUCUUACUCAGGAUUCCAUAACAUUCUCGCUACUGUAGCUGGAUGGGGCUGGACUAGUGAGGAAAGAGGAAAAGGUGGACGAGCAACAAUUCUGCAGAAAGCAAAAGUGCAAGUUAUCGAAACCCAAAAAUGCAGAGAAUGGUAUAAGGCACAAGGCAAAAAAACUAAAAUCCAGGAAUCUCAAAUUUGCGCCGGACAUGAACAGGGUGGCAUUGACGCUUGUUGGGCUGAUAGCGGUGGUCCAUUGAUGGUGGAAACCGAAUCUCAAAAUCAGAUGAUGGUAGUUGGAGUUGUAUCAACCGGAAUUGGUUGUGCCAGACCAUAUUUACCAGGAAUAUAUACUAGAGUGUCGGAAUUUAUACCAUGGAUUCGAGGAGUUGUUAAAAAGUGAGCUUCAAGAAUCGAGUAGCUAAUUAUGGAGACCUAGACUGAUAUUUAAUGCAAAAAAGUAUUUAUUGUUAUUACUUACUGGCUAAAUAGUUAUUAUAUACAAGUUAAAUAAAGUAAUUAUUGUAGA